UUACUUUUAUAAUCCCGUCUCAGCAUGAGGGAGAUCAGCUACAGCAACUGCAUGAGGAUGAGAGAGAGAGAGCAGCAAAAGAGAAAGAGUGAUAGGAGAAGGAAAGAUGGACCACAGGAGGGAAAAAAGAGGGCAUCAGCUCCGAAGGUGAAGCCCAUGGAUUCUCAGUGGCUCCUGGAAGGUAAAAAGCUGACACUCAAGUGUGAAGCUGUGGGCAACCCGAGCCCCUCCUUCAACUGGUACAAAGAUGGCAGCCAGCUCCGCAAGAGGAAAGACAUCAAAAUCAAAUCCAACAAGAAAAAUUCAAAGCUUCACAUCAGCAGAGUGAGAUUGGUGGAUUCUGGGAACUACACCUGUGUGGUGGAAAACUCGCUGGGCAGAGAGAACGCCACCAGCUACGUCAGCAUCCAAAGCAUAACCACUACAUUGUCUCCGGGCUCAAGUCACGCCAGGAAGUGCAAUGAAACUGAGAAGACAUACUGCGUUAACGGUGGAGACUGUUAUUUCAUACAUGGUAUAAAUCAGCUGUCCUGCAAGUGUCCAAAUGACUAUACCGGUGAACGCUGUCAAACCUCCGUUAUGGCCGGUUUCUACAAGCAUCUUGGAAUUGAAAUCAUGGAGGCUGAGGAGCUAUACCAAAAACGUGUGCUGACGAUAACGGGCAUCUGCGUGGCACUGCUGGUGGUUGGCAUCGUGUGUGUAGUGGCAUACUGCAAAAACCAAAUUGGAUCUUUCUUCAGGAAACAAAGGAAGAAGAUGCAUAACCACCUGCACCAGAACAUGUGUGCGGAGCAUCCGAACCGCAUGCUGGCCAACGGACCCAACCAUCCCGGCCCCGGCCCUGAGGAAAUCCCCAUGGUGGAUUAUAUAUCUAAGAAUGUCCCAGCAACGGAGCGAGUAGUACGACACGGAACAGAGACAUCAGGCAAUUUCUCGGGCAGCCGAAUGUCAUCACGAUCCCACCAUACCUCCACAGCUUCUCACGCUUCCAGUCACCGGCACGAAGAGCGCACAUGGAGUAUGGAGCGGACGGACAGCAUGCACUCUGACUGUCAGUCGGGGGCGCUCUCCUCCUCCGUUGGCACCAGUAAAUGCAGCAGCCCGGCGUGUAUGGAGGCUCGUGCCCGCCGUGCAGCAUACUGUGGUUAUCCUGACGCUACACAGUGCCCCCUAAAGUACGGAGACUCUUACGAUUCCCUGCGGGACUCACCUCACAGUGACAGGUAUGUGUCUGCUCUGACCACGCCUGCGCGUCUAUCUCCAGUGGACUUUCACUCCUCACUGCCCCCGCAGGUGCCUACCUUUCAGAUCACCACGCCCAACGCCAGCCACGCCCUCUCCCUGCCGCCCGCUGCGUCGGCCAUCGCCAUGGCGGCCUACUCACCCGACGAUGACCAGCCCCUCCUGCACCACUACCGCCGAUCCCUUCGGCCAUAUUACGCGGCGGAAAGCACGGGCUCCCUCCCUUCCAGCCCGUACCGCUUUGUGGAUGAUGAGGAUUAUGAGACCACACAGGAGUACAUGUCAUCCCGAGAGCAGCCGAAGAAGAGCAGCAGCGGCCGCCGUUGGCGCAGGAGGUCGCGGGUCAACGGCCACGUGUCGCAGCAUACGCCGGGCCCCAGGAACUACAGCUCUCAAAGCUGCCUGUCGGACAGCGAUUGGGAGGACGAUGAGGUUGGCGACCUCGGCCACGGCGAGAGUACGCCGUUUCUCAGUAUGCAGAUGAAUGCCACCGAACCGUCCACCAUCUACCGACCCAACGACACACGGACUUUCAGCAACACGGGACGCUCGGGCUCCCGUGGCAACGUGCAGGCCAACAAACUGUCGCAGUCGCGGUCCAGACCGGACAAUGCACCCCUUUAAAAAAAGAACGAUAAGAGCAAGGACGAGCAAACUUGCGUAGGCGCGAAAACAAAUGAAAUGCUAUAGACCUGCACCUAUGAGAAAUAUUUUUUAUUUUAUAUAACAGACAGAUAUUCUAAACAAAUGAAAUAUUUAUUUUCAUUUCAGCAAAAAUUGUCUACUAGCUAGCAGCAAAGACUUUUUUAUAGGGGGAAAACUAUUUAUAUGUAAUUCCUUAUUUUGAUUUACAGCGUUACGAAGA